UUUGAAAAAUGACAUUUUUAUGUAACAUAAACACAAUCCUGGUUAAUAAGCAAGAUCCCAGGUAUCUGUUUUCUUUUUUCGAUUCCUGGGUAUUCUCUGAUUUUUCUAGUUUUUAUGCAUUAGUUGUGUAUAAGUGCUACAAUUUCCAUUUGCGUCCCCUUCCUUGGAGGAACCAUGUGCCCGUGGUAAUACGGUUUUAUGUCACGGCUAGGCAUUAAUCGCAUCCUAUUAUCACUAGUACUUUAGUGAACUUUCUAUUAUCUCAGCGAAGUGAACACGGCACACACCCUUUCCUUCCUCUUCUGCUUGGGGGGAAUCUCAGUUGUAACCCGAAAGACCUCAGGGCAAAGAACCAGGGAUCCCGGACGCAAUCACACAGGCCCUGCUGAGGCGGCACCUUUCCUUGCUCCUGAACGUAAGCUGGUCGCGGAGCCCCCGUCCCGCCGCCCUAGCUCUCCGCACAGCGCCUCAAAGCCGCCAGGUGAGAUUUAGACUUGAAAGAAUUUCCCUAAACUGACGGCGCGAGGACUUAUGGGAAAGAGAGUCCUGGCAUUUGUGGAACUAGCGGGUGUGCGGCCCGGCAGGCGGACUUCCGGCGUCCUCAGCGCGAGUGCCGCUGGCCGUGGGGGAGCGUUCGCGCCGGCGCAGUGCCGCCGCGUCGACCUCGCUUCCUGUCCGUGCGCAGGUCACCGCUGACCCCGUUUCCCAGGCUUUGGCCUCCGGCGGGCGAGGAUCCCGGUCCUCCGGAGCUGGUGGCGGUCCGACCGGGCUGGCACCCAGAGGGCGCGUGGCUGUGCGGGCGAGGGUUCACACGGGCUGGCGAGGGGCCGGCGGGCGGACGCCCGGCCGAGGCGCUAUCGGCAAGGGCCCGAAGGCCUCUGCUGGCCGGGAGGCGCUUGUCCCCGGGGGCCGAGCCCGCCCCUCGGCCCGCGACCGUGCGCGGUGCAGCGGAGGUGACUGGAGGGAAUCGCCCGCAGGAGCAGCGCCCUGGAGCCCUGAGAGCCGCCGGCAGAUCGUCGAGUGCCGGCGCGGCCUCCACUUCCACAGUGUUACACAUUUUUCCAAGAGCAGGAGAAAAUGAAUAAGUCUCUGGGACCAGUGUCAUUCAAGGAUGUGGCUGUGGACUUCACCCAGGAGGAGUGGCAGCGGCUGGACCCUGAGCAAAAGAUCACCUACAGGGAUGUGAUGCUGGAGAACUACAGUCACCUUGUCUCCGUGGGCUGUCACAUAAUCAAACCAGAAGUUAUCAUCAAGUUGGAGCAAGGAGAAGAACCAUGGAUAGUAGAAGGAGAAUUACUACUUCAGAGUGUCCCAGAAGUCUGGAAAGUUGAUGAUCUGAUACAGAGAAUCCAGGAAAAUGAAGACAGAGAUUCAAAGCAAAUUGUAUCCAUCAACCACAAAACCCUGACUGAAGAGAGAGGUAAAGUUCUUGGUAAGACCUUUAAUGUGGAAACAAACCCUGUUCCUUCAAGAAAAAUGUCCUAUAAAUGUGACUCAUGUGAAAAGAGUUUAAAAUCUAUCUCAGAAUAUAUUAGUAGUGACGGAAGCUAUGCAAGAAUGAAACCUGAUGAAUGUAGUGCAUGUGGGAAAUCCCUUCUCCAUGUUAAGCUUGAGAAAACUCAUCCAGGAGAUAAAUCUUGUGAGUUUAAUCAAGAUCGAGAAGCUUAUACACUCAAUGAAGAAAGUAUUUAUCAAAACAUUCAUAUUUUGGAGAAACCCUUUGAAUAUACUGAAUGUCAGAAAGCCUUUCCAAAGGAUGCAGCUUUUGUUAGUCAUAUGGAAGAAAAGCCCUAUAAGUGGAAUGAAUCUGAAAUAGCCUUUCUCCAAAUGUCAAAUCUCAGUGUACACCAGAGAUCUCAUAUGGAAAUGAAGCCCUAUGAAUGCAAUGCUUGUGGGAAAUCCUUCUGUAAAAAGUCCAAAUUUAUUAUACAUCAGAGGACCCAUACAGGAGAGAAACCUUAUGAAUGUAAUCAGUGUGGGAAAUCCUUCUGCCAGAAGGGAACUCUCACUGUACAUCAGAGAACACACACAGGGGAGAAGCCCUAUGAAUGUAAUGAAUGUGGGAAAACCUUCUACCAGAAGUUACACCUCAUUCAACACCAGAGAACUCACUCAGGAGAGAAGCCCUAUGAAUGUAGUUACUGUGGCAAGUCCUUUUGCCAGAAGACACACCUCACACAACACCAGAGAACACAUUCAGGAGAGAGACCCUACGUUUGUCAUGACUGUGGAAAAACAUUCUCCCAGAAGUCAGCACUUAAUGACCAUCAGAAAAUUCACACAGGUGUGAAACUCUAUAAGUGUAAUGAGUGUGGGAAGUGCUUCUGCCGCAAAUCUACUCUGACUACUCAUCAGAGGACUCACACAGGAGAGAAGCCCUAUGAGUGUAAUGAAUGCGGGAAAUUCUUUUCACGGUUGUCAUAUCUUACUGUACAUUACAGAACUCAUUCAGGAGAGAAGCCCUAUGAAUGUAAUGAAUGUGGGAAAACCUUCUACCUGAAUUCUGCCCUCAUGAGACAUCAGAGAGUACACACAGGAGAGAAACCUUACGAGUGCAAUGAAUGUGGAAAGUUAUUCUCCCAGUUGUCGUACCUCACAAUACAUCAUAGAACUCAUUCAGGAGUGAAGCCCUAUGAAUGUAACGAAUGUGGGAAAACCUUCUACCAGAAUUCAGCCCUUUGUAGACAUCGGAGGAUACAUAAAGGAGAAAAGCCCUAUGAAUGUUAUAUAUGUGGAAAGUUCUUCUCUCAGAUGUCGUACCUCACUAUACAUCAUAGAAUUCAUUCAGGAGAGAAACCCUAUGAAUGCAACGAAUGUGGGAAAACCUUCUGCCAGAAUUCAGCCCUCAAUAGACAUCAGAGAACGCACACAGGAGAAAAAGCCUAUGAGUGCUAUGAAUGUGGCAAGUUCUUUUCCCAGAUGUCGUAUCUCACUAUACACCAUCGAAUCCAUUCAGGAGAGAAACCCUUUGAGUGUAACGAGUGUGGAAAAGCCUUUUCUCGGAUGUCAUACCUCACUGUACACUACAGAACUCAUUCAGGAGAGAAGCCCUAUGAAUGUAAUGAAUGUGGGAAGAAAUUCUACCACAAAUCAGCCUUCAAUAGCCAUCAGAGAAUUCAUAGGAGAGGGAAUAUGAAUGUACUUGAUGGGGGAAGGCUUCUCUGAAGAGACCUUGUUUGGUCAGAGAACUCUUUUAGUGUAAAGAGUAAGAAGAAACUACCAUUUUAAGUCAGAAUUGACAGGUGAAUGUGGACAAGCCUUUGUGCAUUAGACUUGAAAUCUGAAAGUUCACAGGGUAGAAACCACAAUUUAAACAAGACCAUGUGACUUGUUGGAUAACAUACUCUAUAAGAGUAAAGAUUUAUAUUUAGAAUGUACAUAUAUGUUUUGCCAUGGCUUCAAACUAUCCUACUUAUCAGGGAAUUUAUACCAAGGGGAAAUCUUUCCAUUUAAAGAAUGUGGAAAAUACACUCUUUAUGAAAUUAGUAAUAUUAAAAGUUAUGUUUCUGAUAUAAUACAAAACUUCUUGUAAAAAAUACAGAAGACAGUUGUGAACAAAUAUAUUCAGUGUAAGUAGAGACUGUAAAAUAAUAAUAAUUAAGAUGGCAACAUAGCAACCUUACAUUCAUGUGAGUGGAUCUUGAGAAUGUAGGACUUAGGAUUUUGAGGAUUUUUUGGUUUGUUUGCUUUUUAGGAUGCUACAUUACUGGGACUGUAUGUUUAGUUUGAAUCACAUGUGAAAAGGCAUUGUACCUUUAUUAGAAUAAUUUGUAAGACGUAUGGUAAGAUUAUCCAUUUAAAAUACCACUGUGUAUUUUAAUAUGCAUUGUCAUUGGACUAAUAGGCAUAAAGUAUGCUGCAUUUUGUACUCUUCCCCAGUGUUUAUAAAUGUAUUUGAUCAUGUUAAUGAACUAAAUCUUCCAUAAAGAAGUUAAUGUUUUUAUGUUUUCAACUGUGUCUGAACCAGGAAAAGAUAGAAAUCUAUUCAUAAAAUAGAAAACUGCAUAGGUAACUUUAAAUUGUUAAUAAUGCCUAACAUCUGCAGUAGUGAGAAACAGUUGUAGUACUCAUUGGACUCUAUACAGUUUUAAAAUGUACUUAAAAUAUUCCCAUUUUUAUGAUAUUUUAGUCCUUUUAUUUGGAUUUAAGUUUAAGUGUGCACAGCCUGCAUACCAUGUAACUUGGAAAUUAUCUGCAUUUUCAUAGGAUAUUGUUGUUAAAGUGAGUUCUACUCCUACCUAGUCCUGAGUGAAUUAACACAUUCACAGGGGUUUGUGGCAGAUGUUGAGUGACCAUCCUGGCCACUUGCUCCUUACUUACUGUUUUCUGGCAGAGUUUGGGUAUCUAUUCUUCCUAAUGGAACACGGGAUAAAUCCUGAUUAGUUUCAACCAAUAUUGAUAAUCCCUUUUCACUGCCAGCAAUUGGUAUGGAGUGGUUAUAAGACUCUAUUCUGGACAGAUGAAGGAGAUAUUUGACAGGUUAUUUCUGAAAAAGAUUUCCUUAAGGAUUCAAGGAAUCAAACAAGAUAUAGUAUGGGGUCUUUUACUGAACAUUUCUUCCUCUGGAUGUAAUGCUUGGUUAUGUCUCUCAACAAAGAAUUGUAACUUAAGCAUGGUAGAGGAAAAAGAUGGGAAGGACCUGGAACACGGAUGAUGUUAUUGCACCGAACUAACCAGUGGUGUAGGCGCUCCACCUCUGGACUGUUUUCUUUGGUGAAAGAUGAAAUGUAUUUUUAAGCCAGUUGAUUUAGGUUGCUCACUUAGUGAUAACUGAAGAUACAAAGUUACACUUCUGUAGGAAUUACGCAGUUGAGAAGUGGACUUUAUACCACAUCAAAAAUAAGUUAUUUACUUCGAUUUCUUUUUUUCUACAGAUUUUGUUGUGAACAGUUUUAAGCAUUAGAAAUUAUCUUGGAAUAGAUAUGUAUAGUUCCUUGAAUUGUUAAUUACUGACCUAAGAACCUUUGGAACCUGAUAUGUCAAGUAUACCUUCCUUUUUAUAAUGCAUGGCAUAAACUUUGUUUAGAUUAAUUUAUAUUAUUCAUGAGUCAUUGCUGCAAUGUUAGUUGACAGUAUUUGGUAGGAGGUAAGGAACUACUUUUGUUUGCUUUCCAAUGAUUAGCCUGAUAACCUAUAUUAUUUGAAUUCACCCCUUAUCACUGAGCUGAAAUGUCCUAUUUUCAUGUAUUUGAGUCAACUUAAUGAUGCCUGUUUUUGUGGCUCAGCACUGUUGUUCCUCCAUAAUCUAGAUCUUCUAGUGAGUAUGCUACAUCACAAGAAUUAAAAGUCUGGUAGGUUAUAGAGUUUUGUGUAGGAACUAUAUAUUCAUAGGUAUUUGUAGAAAUGAUAUCUACAAAGGUUUCCCACACUAGUGUGUUCAUAAUAGCUUAAAUAUACAGUAUGUAUUUUAAGUAAAAUAUUUGAAAAGUUUAAA